AUGGAGUCACCAAAAGCUGAAGGAAGCUCUGUGCAUAAAAGGAAGAGGUCUCUAAGUCCGACAGACGACAUACCACCAUCCAGUCGACGCAGGUCCAGGUCUCCUGUACUUCCCCGGGGAGUACGAGUCGAUGAUAUAGAUCCUGUCCGAAGGGCAGAGCGAGAACGUCAGCUCGCUGCUCGGGUCGCCGCAAUGGAAUUGGACAAGAUAGAGAAGCCUAAAGAAGAGAAGGAAAAGGCGAAGGAGAAGGAAAAGGAAUUCAAUGCGAAGGCAGAGUUUCAGAAACUUGUGGGAUCUCGUUCUGGUGGUGUAUACAUGCCUCCAGCCCGACUUCGUGCACUCCAAGCCGCAGCAGCGAAUGAUAAAACGAGUACGGAGUACCAACGUUUAUCAUGGGAUGCCUUGAGGAAGUCCAUUACGGGUAUCGUCAACAGGGUUAACAUCACCAACAUCAAGCAAGUUGUUCCAGAACUGUUCUCAGAAAAUCUUAUUCGCGGUCGAGGCUUGUUUGCAAGGAGUAUCAUGAAAGCUCAAGCAGCAAGUUUACCUUUCACGCCCGUUUUCGCAGCGUUGGUCGCCAUCAUCAACUCCAAACUUCCUCAAGUCGGAGAACUGGUAUUGACGCGCCUCAUCAGUCAGUUUCGUCGAGCGUUCAAGCGAAACGAUAAAACGGUGUGCCUUUCCACAACGACGUUCAUCGGUCACCUUGUUAAUCAGGCGGUUGCUCACGAAAUCAUUGCUCUUCAAAUUCUCGUUCUGCUCCUUGAGCGUCCCACUGACGACUCCAUCGAAAUCGCGGUUGGGUUCAUGCGCGAAGUCGGUGCUUUCCUUGCCGAGAACUCUCCCAAGGCAAAUGCUACGGUGUACGAGCGUUUCCGCGCCGUCCUCAACGAGGGCGCUAUCAGUCAUCGAGUCCAGUAUAUGAUCGAAGUCCUUAUGCAAGUACGAAAGGAUAAGUACAAGGAUAAUCCAAUUCUACCGGAAGGACUGGAUCUAGUGGAGGAAGACGAACAAAUUACGCAUCAGAUUCAACUGGAGGAGGAACUUCAAGUUCAGGAGGGGUUGAACAUCUUCAAAUUCGACCCGAACUAUCUUGAGAACGAGGAUAAGUACAAGUCGAUCAAGAACGAGAUCUUGGGAGAAGAUUCCGAUGAAGAAUCUGGUUCGGAGGAGUCAAGUGGCGAGGACGAGGAUGAGGACGAAGUGGAAGCCAAGGAGGGUAUCGAAGACAGGACUGAGACAAAUCUCGUCAACCUCCGCCGUACGAUCUAUCUCAGUAUAAUGAACGCGUUGAACUACGAAGAAGCGGUACACAAACUUCUGAAGGUCCAAUUGUCAGAGGGUCAGGAGAUUGAGCUAGUCAACAUGAUCAUUGAGUGUUGUUCACAAGUACGAUCUUAUUCCACAUUCUACGGCCUCAUCGGGGAGCGCUUCAGCAAGUUGAAUCGGGUGUGGACGGAUUGUUUUGAGCAAGCAUUUGCCAACUACUACGGCACGGUCCAUCGUUACGAAACCAACAGACUACGAAAUAUUGCUCGAUUUUUUGGACACAUGCUCGCUUCAGAUGCCAUCUCUUGGGUGGUUUUUGAAUGCAUAAAAAUCAACGAAGAUGAUACGACCUCAAGUGGUCGUAUCUUCAUCAAGAUCAUGAUGCAAGAAAUGAUGGAGAGCAUGGGUUUGAAGACUUUAGCGGAACGUUUCAAGGACCCGGAGGUGCACAAAGCGUGUGAAGGCAUGUUCCCGACGGACGUACCCAAAAAUACGAGGUUCGCCAUCAACUACUUCACCAGUAUAGGACUCGGUAUUGUUACGGAGGAGAUGAGAGAAUACUUGAAAAACGCGCCUCGACUCAUUAUGGAGCAACGCAGAGCCAUGUUGGAAGCCGAGUCUUCGUCUUCUGAUUCCGAUUCCUCUAAUUCCGACUCUGACUCCGAUUCGUCCGAUUCAGACUCAUCGGAUUCAGAUUCUUCAUCAUUAUCCGACCACUCGCGACGACGUACUUCUCGGCACAGAAGAUCAUCAUCGCCGCCGGAUCGCCGACGACGACCGUCUUCUCGAGACUCGGUAGACCAUAAAACAUCUCCUUAUAGGGGACGAAGCAUAUCACGUACUCCCCCACCUCGUCGUCGACGGGAUGAUACCCCCCCACGGGCAAGGCAAACCAACUCAAUGGACUCCCGGGACAAGAAGAUGGAUCUCUACUCUCGAAGAGGACCAGGAGAUCGUGACCCGCCUCCACAUAGGUAUAACGGCCGUGGGAGGUCACCUUCUCGUUCAGAGUCUCCUCCACCCCGAACAAGGCAAGGUGGCCGCGACAGAGAUAUAUCCCCGGAUCGUAAUGGGCACCAUAGAGGCGGGAGGUCCAUGUCGAGUUCACGGUCAAGGUCAAGGUCAAGGUCACCACCUAGGAGGAUGAGGAACGAUUAUGUUGAUAAGAGAGACAGUAGGGAUCGUACGAGAAACGAUUCGAGGGAACAGUCAUUCAGGGACGGGCGUGAGCGAGAUGGUGGCUAUGAAAGGCGGAGGUGA